AAACCUACCACCCCUUGUUUUUUAAGAAACUGAUUUGAGUUAAGCAGUUCUUUUACUAGGGACAUGUUCCAUUUGAGUUUCCUGUGAGAUAUCCAGGUGGAGAUGUACAUAGGUAAUAUGGAGCUCAGUUGAGAAGGUCUGUUUCUGUACUAGUCCUUAUAAUUUCAGUUAAAACAACCUGAUGGGCACCAACACCCAUACAUAGGCGCGAACCGGCGUGUCCUUGGGCUUAGAGAGCGGGACGUUCGGCUUGCGAGAGGGAACCUCUUAGUCGUGUACGGAGAAAGAACGAUUUAAAAAUGGGUGAUGUUGAGAAGGGCAAGAAGAUUUUUGUUCAGAAGUGUGCCCAGUGCCAUACUGUGGAAAAGGGAGGCAAGCACAAGACUGGGCCAAAUCUCCGUGGUCUGUUGGGGCGAAAGACAGGUCAGCCUGUCGGAUUCUCUUACACUGAUGCCAACAAGAACAAAGGCAUCACCGGGGGAGAGGAGGCACUGAUGGAGUGUUUGGAGAAUCCCAAGAAGUACAUCCCUGGAACAAAAAUGAUCUUCGCUGGCAUUAAGAGGAAGGGAGAAAGGGCAGUCUUGAUAGCUUAUCUCAAAAAAGCUAAUGCGUAAUCGUUGGCCACUGCCUUAUUUAUUAUGAAACAGAUGUCUCAUGACUUUUUAUAUGUACCAUAUUUAAAUUGAUCUCAUACACUAGAAUUCAGAUCAUGAAUGGCUGAUUUUUUGUCCUGAUUUAAAUAACAUUGGCUUGUGGCUAAACGAAUAUGGUCAGCUUUUUGAAUUUUGAUAGUAAUUGCGGUUCAACAAGUACUAUCACUGCUUUCCCUUUCUAAAGAGAUGAUUAAACUUGAAUAAGGAAUAUUAAACUUU